UUCCGCUUCACAUGUCACUAAUUUCCGUACUGCCGCUUUGUGAAUGCCUCUAAUAAAUAAUAGCACAGUUUUACAGCUUCUUUAAUGUUCACUUUCUUUUAUAUGUCAUGCUGCCUUCAUGUGCUGUUGUCAUUCUGAAAUUUGUUUACAUAUAUCCUCAAUUUCUCUUGGAUACUUAACGUGACCGAGAACAAUACAAUGGGUACCAGGAUAAGGAAGAAUCCAGUGCAUGCAUUUGAACUAUUCUGUGAAAUAGGCAUUCCGUCCGACACUAGUGCAAAUCCAUGGAUUAGUUGGAUGUUUCCUUACAAUUUUAAAAAAGAGGAGAUAUUGAAAUCUGUUCCUGGAUUUGCAUAUCCUUGUGAGUUCAGCAACAAUGCUGUGCAGCAUUUUUCGUUUGUCUUGACAAAUAUCGAUAGUCAGUGGACAUUUGGAUUCUGCAGGCAUGCCUCUCAUUCUUCUACCUGUUAUGUUUUUCUCAGUUACCUACCUUGGCAUGAAGUCUUUUACAAAGCCUUGAAUCAUGUUGCUGAAUUAUCCAGUAAAGAAAAGGCUGAAAAUUCCAAAGAUAUGCAGCUAUUUUUACAAAAUUUUUAUGAAGCAGAAGUUCCUGAACCUGGUUUAGAACUUCAUGUUUUAUCUCGAAAAAAUGAAGACUUUGUUGCCAUGUGUCCUGAUUCUGAAAAAUUACCAAGCAUUCCCGAAAAUAGAAAUAUGACAGAGUAUUUUAGUGCUAUUGAUGCCCAUAAUAUGAUGACUAUAUUUGCAAGCAUGUUACAUGAAAGAAGAAUAUUAAUUACAUCAAAGAAACUUAGCAGAUUGAGUGCUUGUGUUCAAGCUGCAAACGCUUUGAUCUAUCCAAUGCACUGGCAGCACAUAUUCAUUCCGGUUUUACCAAAGCAUUUAACAGAUUAUUUAAGUGCUCCUAUGCCAUUUUUGAUUGGAAUUCCUUCUACUACCCUUGCAAGAAUGAAAUCUGCUGACAUGGGGGAAAUUGUCUUUCUUGAUGCAGAUGAAAAUAAGAUAGAAACUCCUUUUGCUGAUUUAGAUGCUCUACCAUCAGAAAUUCUUCAGUCUCUAAGGCAUGAUCUGAAACAUCCUCAUGAAAAGCUGGGAGAUGCAGUGGCAAGAGCUUUCUUGAGAGCAUUGGUGAAGCUGAUUGGCGGAUACUGGAACGCCCUCAAACUGAAACAUGGGGAGCGGAUAACCUUCAGCCCUGAAAUGUUUGUACAGACAAGGCCUUCUGCAAUGCAGCCGUUUCUUCAGAAAAUGUUGGAGCUACAAAUUUUUCAGCAGUUUAUUGAAUCAAGGUUGAAGAACCUUAAUAGUGGUAGAGGAGUGAAUGAUGAGUUUGAGUUUGAGCUUGCUGCACAUGAAGACAAAGCCAGUUUCCGUUUGAGAAACCAAUAUAGGGAAUGGGUUUCCAACAUGAAAAAAGAAGGUGGUGCUUUUUUGAAGAAUGUUAGAACAAAGGUAAAAGAUACUGGCAAAAAAGCUUACAAGGACAUUAGAUCUCGUAUAAAUAAUCACAAGGUUAUGGUAGAUAUUGCUCCUGAUGUUCCUAAACGUCAUGAUAGUGUACCAACUAUUUUAAAUGGCUUGGAAAACCACAGGAUAAAUCAUGUUAUGAAACACGAUUUAUAUUCUACUCUUUUUGAGACCGAGGAUUUGUCUUCAAAACAAAAAGAACCAAAAUGCAGCGUUACAGAUAGUCCCCAGUUAACAUUCCAGCCAAUUGAUAUGGACCUAAUGGGAGAUCUUCAUGAGCUUAUAUUUCGACGUUGUUCCCUAUGCAGUGACUCGUUUCAGAAACGGACAAGUAUAUCUGAUCCACAGCUUAUUAAUUUGGCUCUUGCUUCAGAUGCGACACCUUGCAGCCCUGAUUGCGUAGCUACUCACCUAAAGCAAGCUUUGAACAUUCCUGAAAAAGCUCCAGAUCCUACUCCCCCUCCUCCUUUACUUCCACGACCUCCGCAGCUAAAAGGGAAGGUCGGCAUUCGCACAUCCAGUGUUUCUUCCGAACCGCCAGAAAGUCUUCCAAAACUUCUUAUCGAACUAGAUUCUGACGUUUCGUGCACUUCACAUACGACGGAUGAUCUAUUCUCCUUUGAAGUAUGUAGCAGUCCUCCCAAAUUGCCCGAAAGGAAUAAUUUUUUAUCAUCGCAUGAUCAGCCUUUAAGCAAUAGGAACUUCCUGAACACGAAUCCGUUCUAUCAAAAUGUGUCUUCAAGUGUUUUUCAAAGCAAUGAUUCAUGUUCUAUUUAUAAAAGCUCUUCUGGGCCAAGUGUGAGAAAUAUGGUAAAUAUGUGGCAAACUCCACCUACCGCAAAAGAAACUUCUUACCAAUGUCUUUCAACCAGUGCAGAUAAACUGAAAGUUGGUGGGACGUCUGUGGCAACCUAUAGAUCUCAAUUACUGUCAAGAACUCAGUCCACGCCACCGACUUACACAAGUGCAAAUAGCAAUCUACACCAAAAUCCUUCAAUGUUAGUGCUGAAAUCUGCGUCUAAAGUGUCCACCAAUCCUUUCAUUGUUGCUGACAGUAGGAAUAACAAUGAUAAAGAAAAUACAAGUACAGAAAAUUCUGCAAAUUCAUCAUGGGAAAAUUUCCAUUGA